AGAUUAGAGUCUAUAGUCAAAGACCAAAAUGGAAGUUUUGGAUUGACAAGUUUGUGAUAUUCGUAAUUUUAUUUUUGGAUAUACAAAUGUUUAAUCCUUUGAGUUUAUCUAAUAUAAUCUGGUUUAAAAACACGAAUAUAAAGUUUAUUGGAUGCAUUAAAAAUAUUGUAAGCAGUCACUUGAAAAGGUGUUGCAACUGGUCGAAAAAUAGCUCUGGUAUGAUGAUAACAAAAGAUAUAAAAAUCCAGCUUUGUCUCGCUAUGUGCUCUUUUUCGUCAUAUGUGUACUAUAAGGAUUAGCGAGUCAUGAAUAUUGGUAUCCGUGAAAAUAAAUUUUUGUAAAGGUGUGAGUACAGAAAAGAGAUUUUAGGGUUUGUGACGUCACUAUAGUGAAAAGACAAUAAAAUUUCGGUAUUGCAAGACGAUGUUUAUUGGUGUUUUACGGUGAGUGUUAAAUUAUUGCGAUAGCUGUAGUAAAAGGAGAAUUCGCGGUGAAGAGGAGGUUCUCCGCGAGGAUGGGCGGCGAUGUCUGCCCCCUCCGAUAGCGCUGCGAGCCCUUCUCCAUGUGCGUGCACAAAUAUAUCGCUUAUGCAAUUGUUUCAUGAAUUGAAACAAAAGUUUCCUGGUGUUCCUGAUCAUGUUGUUUCUAAAACUAUCGAGCUCUACUGCCACGACAAGAAAGCCUGUGAAACCCAUCUCCACAGCGAAGUCAAGGCCUCCCUAACACACGCAUACCACGCCUCGUCAUUGGCUGCUGCUAGACAACAAAAUGAGUUAAAAGUUAAUCCACCAGUUAAAUGUCGCAAUCAGCCAAUAGUCAAGCAUGAAAUUGUAAAGACUACAGCUAUUAAGUCCAUAACUUGCCAAACCCCUCAAAAGGCAUUAAUUAGCUCAAGCAGUGAAGCAGAGGAGGAAAAACCUAAACUGAAUACAGAUGCUAACCAAAAUGUUGUUAAUACUGUUGAGGAAAAAUCUAACAGUGCAUCAUCUCCUGUAACUGUAAUUAAUAUUGAUAAUUGUUUUGCCAAGUAUACAGCAGAGUCACCUAGUGAUUUAGAAUUGAGUAACGGAAAUAACACAGAGACUCACCACACUCUACUGGAAAGUUCUCUUCCCAAAACAAAUAAUACCCCGGAAAGCACCCCUCCAGAAAAGGAGUUUGUCAUAGACAGUGAGCAACCAGAGAGUACAAAUUAUAAGAUUUUAAAAAGUAACAAGAUCAAGUGCAAUCUAAAUCAAAGGUUGGAGGUUGGAAAGGAGGCGAAGGAAAAGAAAACUAUCAAAAAGGAAAUUCAGGCUAGUCCAGCUGUUGCUCAGCCUGAGAAGCCACAGAGACCGAAUACAUUAAAUUUUAUCAAACUAAGUCCAGACACCGCAUUUAAAGAGAAUUUAAAAGAUCCUGAGCCAAGUUCCUGUAGAACAGUUUCACCGGCACCUCAUAAGACCGAAUGCAAAGAAAAGCUGUAUAGACCUGAUAGGGGAUAUCCUCUCAAUCUGUCAGUCAAUGUGAACUGUCAUAUGGAUAUCGGACGAGGAUAUGGGGAUCCUUGGCUAGAAGAUUAUGAAAGUCCAAGAGCUAUUACAUCUGUCAAUUUAACCGUUUGUACUCCAACAUCUAACAUGGCAAGCCCUGUCAGAGACACGAGGGACGAGGAUGCUGGUUUUGAAGGACAUGUAACAGUGACAGUAAGUCCUAGCACAGCCCGUCCUCCGCGGCGUAGGGCUCCGCCCCCGCCGCAGUCACGUAUUGAAUCACCGAGGCCAACGAGAGCGGCUCCGGAACCACCAACACACGAUCGUUCGCUAGUUGAACGUCAAAAGGAGCGUCUGUCCCGUUUAGCCGAGGCCCUAGCACAGGAAAAGAGGUCUCUCGCACAGUUGAACAGGGAAACACAGAUUUUAGCUGCACCGCCACCCACCGCGAACGCCGCACAGAGACUCAAAGAUUGCGUUGAGAGGUUGAGAGAUGAAUGCGACACUAUGGCUAAGAGAUUGGAAAUGAUUGGCACGGCCCGUGUAAUGCCCCUUCCAGAGGCAGAUGACACGGGCAACUUUUACAGCAACAUAUACACUGGACAACGGCCAUCGGCGUCAUGGCAAUGCCACAUGUGCACCUUCCGGAACCAUCCAUUACUUGACAAGUGUGAAGAGUGUGACAUGCCACGAAUAUUCGUAGUUCGUGCACCGGACGGAAUCACCGUACGCUUAAUGCCCGGUCGGCGAAAAAUAGUGCGGUCAUGGGUUUUAUAAAACGCCGUACUGAAAAUGAAAUAUAUUUUUAAGUUUAUCUAUCUUAAGUGCAGUAGUCUACGAAAUAUUAUCUGUGAUAUUCGCAUUUGGUAGUUAUAUUUUUUAGUCAAUCUUUGAUUUGCACAUUCCAAAAUGGCUGUAGGUUGAUUUCGGUUAGAAUGGUAAUAACUGCGAUGAUAUUUGGAAUUAUAUGAGCAUUGAAAAGAAUAUCGUGUAUUCUGUUACGAAUAAUAAUUAUUUCCUGUUCUCUCUGAGUGCUCUGUUGUACCAAAUGCGAAUAACCGAAAGUUAUUUUCAUUUAACACUGCUGCACUUAAGGUGGAUAGGAAAAUAAAUUUAUACAUUCUCUUAAUAUGUUUUAUUAUUAAAUAUAAAGAGAAUAUUACUAAAUAAAAAAAAUGUUUUUAAUCAUAAGCACUGACAAUUGUAAUCAUAAAUUCUCAAAUAGUCGCAAUUUAUUUUUAGGACCUAACUAUAUUUUCUAGGAUAUUUUAAUAUUUGAAAACGAAUACCCUGAAGUCCUAAAAUGAGUAAAUUGCUUUCUUAAUAAAAAAAUUUUAUUGUCUAUCUAUUAUCCAUCUCGGAUUAUUAAAGAAAUUAAAAAGUUUCAAAUCAUUUUAUUUCAAACAAGUUAAUUGUUAGAAAUAUUUUAAUAUAAUACCUUGACAUAAAAAAGUUGUCCGCCAUAUUGAAUUUAAAAUGGAAACCAGUUUUUAAGUCAUAGUUACAUUAUACACUGUGUAGGUAAAAUUUAAUUAGGAUAAUCUGAAAAAAUAAUAAUAAUUACCGAAUCAAAGGCUAAUGUUGGUAGUAAAAAUACAGUUGGUAAUCAAGCAAGUGCCAUUUUUUUCAAAAUCUAUUUAUUGAAAAAUACAUCAAAUUAUAUGAAUGGCGUUAGAGAGAGCAAUUACUACUUUUCACAUGUAUAUGAUUUUAAAAAAUGGCCUGCACAUGGAUAUGUACGAAAAAUAAAAUGUACGUAGAUAUUAGUGGCACGAUAUAUCUCUCUCACCAACGUCCACAGUUUAAAUUCAGCUAUAUGUAAACGUAAAAUUUGUUAGUCUUUAUUUUGAGGAUAUGGUGCUUAGUUGUGGAUUUGUCAUCCUUAGUUACUAGAAACUAAUAACUCAUGUUGAUGAUAAUAGGAAACAGAAAAGUCUGGAUUGUAAAGCCUUUUGAAUUAUCAGAUAUAAUGUCUAUGAAGUCAAUUGCUGUUCUUUCGUCUAGUCAGUCGGUAAAGGCAUAAUCAUUUUUUUUUUAAAUAUUCAACUCACGAUGAAUUUAUAGAACCAAAUUGAAUUGUUAAUAAUUUUAAUUUGUACAAUUAUAAUAAUUUGAAGAAUUGAUAGUUUUUCAUUCGCAGAAUUAUUAUUUGUUAAGCAAAUUAUUACUUUAUCAAACACGAAUUUAAAGACUGAGCUGGACUCGGUGUUAACGUAAUAUUAUAUUGUUAAAAAACUUUUAAAUUACAAGAAGAAUACUGUACGUAUGUAUUUAUAUAUAUUCAGGGCAUAUUUAGGAACUCUAAUUUACUUUAUAUAAAGUUCCUUAUAAAUACAUUUAAUAUAUAAAAAAUUUGUGUAACAAAUGUUUACAGAAAUAUAAGCUUUUUUUUGUACUUCGAUUCAAUGGCUUAUUUAAUCAUUAUAAUCACGGUAUUUUUUUGUAAAUUAUUUACUCAUAACGUUUUUUUUUUAUAUUCUUUUGUAAAAACCUUUUUUGUAAAUGGUUGGUAUAUCCUUUUGUUAAUUUACUGAAAAAACGAGACUUCACAGUUUAUAAUUAAAAUUAUUUAACUUUUUUCUUUAUCCAACUUUGUAAACUACGUGCCAAGUACAGUUGAAAUCGUCAAAAUAAAUUUUCACUGAAAGUUAAUUUGUCAGAUGAUGACAUCAAAGUCUGAACUGCUCGGCAUAUUUAUUUGUAGAUGGCAUAAAUAAUAAAGUCAUAUUAGAAGUAAAAAACGACGGUUCAUGAUAAAAAUUAUAUGUAAUAAAUGUAAAAGUUAAAAGAAUGUAUGUUUUGAAUAUUUUUUUGGCUGAAUAAAAUCAUUGAUGUGACAUACAACUUGCCCUAAGACGAAAACAAAAGUUCUUUUUUACUCGGUCUAUGAUUUUAUUCAUUUUACUAUAUCAUUAAUGAACUACGAAGCUGACACGAUCUUCUGCAAAAUAAAUGUUUUUAUGUGAAUUUUAAUCAACAAUGAAGACUGUAUAAUGGCGACUUUGCACGGUUGCCUGUAAAUUCGCCAAUAUAUAAAAAAAAUAACAUUUAUUUUUAAUGUAAUAGUUUUUGCCUUGCUCAAAAUAAUUCGAUAACUGUAUGCGAUGAUUUGAGAAUCAAGGUUAUACUUAUUACUUAAUGUCAUCUAAUACAGGACUGACUCCGAUGAGUAUUUCUUUCCAUUGUAUAAAAGUUAAAACGUGCUCAUUUAUUGUGUAAUGUAUAUAUUAUAUAUGCUAGAACCUAUGUAUGAGAUGCAGUCAUAUUAGUUUUUGUAUAUCUUUUGUUUAAGAUAAGCUUAAAUAUAUCUGUGCAAGUUUUAACGUAAGUCAUAUAUCAAAUAACAACCACAUUUAUUAUUUAUGCAUCUUUUACUCUCUCACCGUAAAAACGUACCUAUGCUUAGUGUUUAAAAAAACGUACCUAUGCUUAGUGUUUAAAAAACCGAAAUAGAUUUCCAAUCUUAAUUCAGAGUUGUAAUCUGUAACGUCCCUUUAAGCACAUCCAUUCACGUAUAUAUAUAUAUUUACUGAUAUAUGUUAAAGACAAAUUACAACCCUGAACUCAAUAAAAUAGGUAUGGAUAAGUAAAGGACAAAAAUAAGUAAAAAUAAAAGAUUUUGAAUUCAGAACAGCUAAUAGACUAAACUCCUUUUAAAUAAAUUUGGUUAUCUAAACCUUUAGAAAGUCCAAUAACCAACCUUUACUUUCGCAAGAAUACCUUAUUAAUAAAUAGGAUCGAUUUUUUUUAUUGUUAUCGACUAAGGAUGCUGUAUAUCUUCUUUUUGCAUAAAACUAUAGCAGUUUAAAAUUAAAUUCAUACUUCAGUUAUAUCAACAACGUUGUUAUGUAUUGUGUAAAUUAUUAGACAGUAACAAAUUAUAUACCUUUUCAUAUAUAAAUAUCAUCAUUAUUUUUGAACAAGCUUAAUAAUUCUUCAUUAUUUAAAUAGAUGAAUAAUGUUAAAACAUGCACAGAACAAUAUUAUUACAAAAAAAAAGAAAGUUAGUGCUUUAUGUAUUUAGAUAAAUAUUAUCUGUAACAAAUAUGUACUUAUUUUUAUCAUCUGUAUAUCAAAAUAAACUUGUUAUUGAAAUUUGUUUAA